CGAAGGCUCGGCUCGGGAAAAGGCCGCGGACGCGUCAGGCGCUGCCCGGGCAGCUUCUGAGACCGCCCGGAGAGGCUGCCGAGGAGAGGAAGCUAUUGUUUCAGCUGCUUAUUACAGACUGAUAAACUGCUGGGGACUCUUAUAGUAAUUGGCUGGCAAUCUCCUGCAGAGAGACAGAAGAAUCCACAUAAAUUAUCCUUGAAUCCAUUCUCGUGUAUGAGAAUUAUUGGCCGCAUUUUCAAAGACUCUAUCUGGAAUAUAAUCAGACGUCUGUUGGGCUUAUCUUGUUUAUCAACACUAUUUGAGAGGGACGCAUCUGAUGUUCCAAAAUGGUGCUGUUUGUACAGCAUAUAAAAACCCCUGCAAUGGCUGCAUCCAGAAACUUAAUGCAAAUACUCGGCUGUGGCAGAAUGGUUCCAUCAUGGGGACUUCUGGGAAGAAGACCUUCCAGUUGCAGUCCUGCAUGGUGCCGGCGAAUAUCUUCAGGUUUCGCUGCCAGCACCUCCGUAACAGACACAGUGGAAGUUCUUGGCAAAUCUUAUCUCCCAGAUGACUAUACCAAUGUCACAAAGAAGAUUCUUUCCAAGGUGGGGGAAAACUUGCACAACCAAAGGCAUCACCCUUUGUGGCUGAUGAAAGAGCGUGUGAAAGACCACUUCUACAAGCAAUAUAUUGGGCGCUUUGGGACGCCACUCUUCUCUGUGUACGAUGAUAUGCCUCCGGUGGUCACCGUUGAGCAGAAUUUUGACAGGCUGCUCAUUCCAAAAGACCACCCUAGCAGGAAGAAAGGGGAUAACUACUACCUGAAUCGUACCCACAUCCUAAGAGCCCACACAUCUGCCCACCAGUGGGACUUGAUGCACUCGGGACUCGAUGCCUUUCUGGUUGUGGGAGAUGUUUACCGUCGAGAUCAGAUCGAUAGCACCCACUACCCAGUCUUCCACCAGCUAGAAGGUGUCCGGCUCUUCUCCGACCAUGAGCUAUUCAGCAAUGUGGGUGGUGGAGAAAGCUUCUGCUUGUUUGAACAAGGCCACCGCACACCUCACAAGCAAGAGACGCACACCAUGGAAGCAGCAAGGCUCAUGGAACACAGCUUGAAAACGGCACUGACAAAACUUGUGGCUCAUCUCUUUGGUGAUGAUCUGGAGAUUAGAUGGGUGGACUGCUACUUCCCAUUUACUCACCCUUCCUUUGAAAUGGAGAUCAACUUCCGAGGAGAGUGGAUGGAAGUCUUGGGCUGCGGAGUCAUGGAGCAGCAGCUAGUGAACUCAGCUGGCGCAGAGAACAAAAUCGGCUGGGCGUUUGGCCUGGGGUUGGAGAGGCUGGCCAUGAUCCUGUACAGCAUCCCUGACAUCCGACUUUUCUGGAGCAAAGACGAGCGUUUCCUGAAACAGUUCCACGUGCCUCACAUUAACCAAAGAAUACAAUUCCAGCCUUUCAGCAAAUAUCCUCCUGUGAUCAACGAUAUCUCUUUCUGGCUGCCCUCUGAAAAAUACUCCGAAAAUGACUUCUAUGAUUUAGUUCGAACCAUUGGAGGAGAUGUGGUGGAAAAAGUUCACCUCAUAGAUGAAUAUACACAUCCAAAGACAAAAAGGACCAGCCAUUGUUACGAGAUCACUUACCGCCACUUGGAAAAGACCUUGACUCAGAAGGAAGUAAACUGCAUCCAUAAAUCCAUCGAGGAAUCAGUUGUACAGAAAUUAGGAGUAGAGGGAAGAUUUUGAGCUUUGAAUUCUCCAGUUUUCUUUUAUCGCUGCCCUGCCCACACCCCCUUCUGUUUGAAAGCAGUUUCUAUCAUGUGGAAGCUUUUGGCAAUGGUGGAAUUUUCAGGUAAUAAAAAGUGAACAACAUAACAGUUCCUGAAAAUAUCAGUGAA